UGUACCUCAUUCUAAAAUCUUAACCAUGCAUAACUUUGCAGCAAUACCCUUUUUCUUCAUUGUAAUAUCUGCAGCACUUUGUAGCCCCGAAGUGACCAUUGGACAGGGAACCCUAAGAGGGGCCGUGAAACUUACCGAAAAGCAAAAUGAGUUCAAUUCGUUUACGGGAAUACCGUACGCCAAACCACCGGUGGGUAAACUCCGAUUUAAGCCUCCCGUCCCUUCAGCCCCUUGGAGUGGGGUAUUUGACGCAACAAAAGGGCACGCGAGAUGUCUGCAGGCGUACACAUAUUUGAAAAACCAUACAGUAACUGGAAGCGAAGAUUGUUUGUAUCUGAACAUCUACACGCCUCAGUUGAAACCCACGAGUAACCUCGCUGUUAUGCUGUUUAUUCACGGUGGCGCUUUUAUUACGGGAAGCGCCAUGGAUUACGAUCCCUCUUUGUUUAUGAACGAGGACAUAUUCCUGGUGACCAUUAACUACAGAUUAGGUCCACUGGGAUUCUUUUCCAGUGGUUCAAUAGACGCUCUAGGAAAUUACGGACUCAAAGAUCAAGCUCUAGCUAUAAAAUGGGUAAAAGCAAACAUCGCUGCCUUCGGUGGGGAUCCGGAGCGGAUUACACUUUUCGGACAAGGAGCUGGAGGAAUUAGUGCACAUUUCCACGCUAUGUCUCCAAUGAGUAAAGGCCUAAUCAGUGGGGUUAUUGCCCAAAGCGGCACGGCACUUGCUCUUAAUGCUUUAAUGCCUUACUUCCUUUCUGUUCGCAUGUCCAACUUUUUAGCCCAACGGCUAGAGUGUCCAACAGAGGAAGAUGUUGAUGACAUGCUGAAGUGCAUGAUGUCGAAGGAUAGCGAAGAAAUUAUUAAAGCCGCCACCACCCUUACGGAGUGGGAUAUAGAACCUGUUACCGUAUUUAAACCGGUUAUGGAACCAGACCAUGAAAGCGCGUUUCUCUCAGCCGAUCCGAUUGAUAUAAUUGUUUCUGGGAAAUCUGCGAGUGUCCCUUUCAUGACUGGGAUUACAAAAGACGAGGGAGAUUUUAGAACAGCUCAAUUGUUCAACGAUCCCAAGCUAUUAGAAGAAUUCAAUCAACAUUUUAACGAUCGCAUCUCCUUAGUCUUAAAUUACAAGGAAAUCGCCACUCCAAAACAUCAGAAGGCAGCCACCAACAAAAUUGCUGAUUUCUACUUCAACAAGAAGAAAUUAAACGAAAAAAGCAGAAAAGCCUUCUCGGAGGCGUACAUGGAUGCCAACUAUUUGUCAUCGGCGAACUACGCGAGCGACUUGUACUCGAAUAAGGGCAAAAAUGCGGUAUACUUUUACGUGUUUGGAUACAAAGGGCCGGAGAGCUACUGCAGUUUGAUUGAGGGUCUUUCUCCCGAUAGUUACGGAGUGUGUCACUCAGAUGAUCUGCUCUACUUGUUUGGCAACAAAGAACUCUUUCCCGAUUCGUUACGAAAUCAGCAAGGGUCCAAAGUGGCGGAGUUAAUGGCAAAACUGUGGACGAAUUUCGCUAAAUUUGGGAACCCGACGCCGGAUUCGCAGCCGGAUCUGGUGAAAUGGGAAUCGUACAGUGCCCAAGAUCGAAAAUGUUAUGUAAUUAACGAAUCGCCGAGUGUAGAGGAUUGCUAUAAACAACGGACUGAGUUUUGGAGGAAUUUAGAUUUAAACGAAAGAACGACGACGCUCCGGAAGCAUCGGUCUGGUAAAUCCAAAGACGAAUUGUCUAAACAGAGCGCAAUGGGUAUAACCUUGACGUUCACUCUGUGCCUGUUAUCAAUCGUUUAUGGCGAUUUCCCCAAAGUAUGGAUCGAGCAAGGUGAAAUUAGAGGAAGACUACAAUCCACCAUCAACAACCGCACUUUUUACACUUUCACCGGCAUACCCUACGCAAAACCACCCGUUGGUGCGCUCAGGUUUCAACCUCCCCAAGAUUUUGGAGAAUGGGAAGGUGUGUACAAUGCCAUAGGAACCCACCCCAAGUGCUUACAACCGGUGGUGGGAUCGCCAACGAAAGUUGUUGGAGAUGAAGACUGUCUCUUCUUGAAUGUCUACACGCCGCAGAUAAGCGAAAACUUGCUACCCGUCAUGUUUUUCAUUCACGGUGGCGGUUUCGUGGAAGGAUCCGCUCAGUUUGAAGAAUACGGUCCGUUAUUCUUAAUGGAAAAGGACGUUGUUCUGGUAGCCGUAAAUUACAGACUAGGUCCUCUCGGAUUUUUUAGUACCGGCGACGAAGUCGUACCAGGAAACAUGGGGUUAAAGGAUCAGGCGUUAGCACUUGAAUGGGUAGCGAAUAACAUCAAACAUUUCGGUGGUAAUCCAAAGAAAGUUACGGUAUUCGGACACUCUGCUGGUGCCGCCAGCGCUCACUUGCAUAUGUUCUCAAAUUUGAGUAAAGAUUUAAUUCACGGAGUUAUAGCCCAAAGUGGAACCGCAUUCUCUCGAUGGGCGCUAGCUCCCUCAAAAGAACUACGAAACCACUCUUUAACCUUAGCGGAAAUUGCCGGGUGUAAAAGAGGAACAAGUAAAGAUCUGAUAAACUGUCUAAAAGUGCUCAAAGGAACGGAUAUACUAAAAGCUGCGAUCAGUUUGCAUGAAAACAUCGGAACUCGGCUCAUUUACUUCCGACCGACCAUUGAAGUGAAUGCAACUGGAGCUUUCUUAUCAGAUGCUCCCACGAAUAUUGCCAAAUCGGGGAAGGUGGCAAGGGUACCUUUUAUAACAGGGGCAACAGCACAAGAUGGAGCGAUGUUUGUUCCAGAUAUAUUAGCAGGUAUGCCAGCUACAAACCGCCAAGAAUACCUCGAGAAGACAUUGCCAUUGUUUUUAUGGUACUUGAAAGCCCCAAAUGUUACCAAGUCAAUUAGAGACCAUUACUUGGGUACAGACCCAGAAAACUUCUCGUCAUUAGAACUACUCAUUAAAAUGUGCACCGAUGUAGUGUUUCUAGAAGCAGCUUAUGAGAGCAUUCAAAUCCACUCCACGCAUUCCUCUCAGGUUUAUUACUAUCUCUUUGAAUAUCAAGGUUCGGAGACAUUUGCUAAACGUUACAAAAUAGACCAACAGUUUGUGGUAACGCACGGAGACGAGCUUCCGUACCUCUUCAACAAUACGGUACUGUUUCCUGGUUACGUCCCUACGUGGUCUGAUAAAAAGAUGAUUGAACUUUUGACGACGUUGUGGACCGACUUCGCCAAAUAUGGCGAGCCCACACCGAACGAAGACAAGUUGCUGUCCGUACACUGGAAAACAUUCGAAGGGAACAAGCAGCACUUUUAUCACAUUAAAAAUGACACUACUGCUGUAUGUGAAACGGAUCUAUUAGCAGACGCACCACGGAUUUGGAGGCAGAGAUCUCCUCAAACGACUAAAAAGUUGGUCUCAUAUUGGACCCGACUACGCAAAAUGUUGAAUUUGUCAAUAUUUGUGCUGCUCAGCGUGUGCGUUGUUUUUGUAUUUGGUGCUGGACCAAUUGUUAAAAUUAAGCAGGGAGAGCUACAAGGAGGAGAAGGUAAAACGCAAACUGGUCGCACUUACUACUAUUUCACGGGUGUACCAUACGCGAGGCCUCCCGUUGGAUGGUAUAGAUACGAGAGACCUACCACCGCGAAGCCGUGGAGUGGAAUCCUAGACGCCACUCGGCCCCACAACGUCUGCCUACAGUUUAACGCAAAAAGUGCAAGAGAAACCGUUAUCGGGGACGAGGAUUGUCUCUAUUUAAAUAUUUACACUCCUCAGAUUUCGGAAGAUGAACAAAAGCGUCUACCUGUCAUGUUUUACAUUGACGGUGAGGAUUUCGAUUACGGAAACCCUAACAAAGCCAAAUACGGACCUGAACUUCUUCUCGACAAAGACGUCGUCCUGGUAACGGUGGGAUAUCGAUUGGGUGCUCUUGGUUUUUUCCUAACCGAGGACGGUACAAUUUCCGGAAAUUUAGGUUUAAAAGAUCAGGCAUUUGCUUUGAAAUGGGUCAAUCAAAAUAUAAUGCACUUCGGAGGCAAUCCGGAGAAAAUUACCGUUUUUGGUAACGGAGCGGGGGCAGCAUGUGCACAUUACCACAUGCUUUCGCCUUUGAGUAGAGACUUGAUCAGUGGGGUUAUCGCCCAGAGCGGCACCGCGUUCAAUUCUUGGGCGCUAGCUCCAAUCCAAGUGGUAGGAAUACGUUGCAAAGUAAUGGCGGGAUUUGUUGGAUGUCCUACCAGGGCUAGCUAUGAAGAGUUGGUGAAAUGUUUAAAAACUGUCGCAGGGAGUGACAUUAUUAAUGCGACCAAAGCCAUCACGGAAUCGGGCCAUUACCAAAUAUUCAAACCACUAAUAGAAUUGGCAAAAGACCCUAAAUUUUUACCAAAGGAUCCAAUAAAUAUAGUACGUGAUGGCGAGGCCGCUAAGGUCCCAGUCAUGAUAGGCAUUACAACAGAAAGUGGCGCGAUCGAUGCGGCCAAGACACUCAACGACGCAGCAACACUAAAACGGUGGGAGGAACAGUUUGAAGAAGUGGCAUCUCACGAGCUGCAUUAUGGAGAAAGCGCUAUAGUCAAGGACAGAACAAUCAUUGGACAGUCAAUUAAAGAGUUCUACUUUGGCGACUCCGAAAUAGGUGAAAAUUCCCGAAAAGCUUUUACUAACAUGUUUACGGAUGGCCUCUAUUUGGAAGGUAUGCGCUCCAGUUUCGACCUUCACUUGAAGUACUACGAGAAACCGAUUUAUAAGUACUUGUUUGGGUACCGCGGUACAGAAAGCUACACCAAUACUUUAAAUUACACGAAAAACUACGGGGUUGCGCACAAGGACGAGCUUCUUUAUCUUUUCAAAAACGACUUGGACUUCCCAAAUUACACCCCGAGUGAAGCGGACAAAGAGACCAGCCAGCUAAUGGUCAGUCUCUGGACAAAUUUCGCAACAUACGGCAAUCCAACACCGUCGGAAGAUUCGACAAUACCCGUUAAAUGGGAAUCGAUGAAGAAGGACAAACUGAAUUAUUAUUACAUUCAGUCGGGGACGAAGGUGGAGUUGAAGAAGGAUAUGUUCGCAAAGCGGGCGGAGUUCUGGAGAAGUCUUCCUCUGGACAGUAGAAGGAUGAGAAUCAGAGACGAGUUGUAAAAAAUUAAGACAAUUUGUUAAUUAAAGACCAUUUUUGUUAGUAGGGUCCAUUAGCUUAGCUUUUCAAAUUUACAAAAUAGUCAACAAUAAAUAACACCUGAAAAAUAGUUAUCUGCGAAUAAUAAUUUGCUAGGCUACUAGACUGUGAAUCUAACUGU